UCCAGAGUGACGUACACACCCGUUCGUAUUGCUCCGAAUCGUCGUGAAGGAGCGUCCUAGCUUGUGUAUAUUGUUUUCUUUUUAAAAAACCAACCGUUGUUUCAGCCUGCUGAAGGUAACAUUUUGUCGUUUCUUACUCUUAUUCAUCCCUGUACAUAACAAUUUUGAUUUAUUUGGCAGCGACGCGCGAACCGUUGCCAGUUUUCGCCUCGUAACAUUCGUCAGUGCCAUGCUAUGGCGGUGUCUCAGUGAGAUUUUCAUGUUUUAGGUGUCGAAGUGAAGUUUCCUUUCCAAGAUGCGUGAAUACAAACUGGUUGUUCUUGGUUCUGGAGGAGUUGGCAAGAGUGCUCUGGUAAUGAUAGCGUGAAACUCCUUUAAAUCUGUCUAUGAAACGAGAAUUGAUGUUCUGUGUAUUGAUUUCUCACGGUAGGAAUAUGAAGAAGCAGCAAUAUUCUAAACUGUAUCAGUCGAAGUGAUUAGAUCUUUUAUUAAGCUUUGUAUUUUCUCUUUUUCUUUAUCAGACUGUUCAGUUUGUGCAAGGAAUUUUCGUCGAAAAGUAUGACCCGACGAUCGAAGAUUCAUAUCGAAAAGUAAGUAUAUUCGAAGUGAGAAUCAAUGUCGACCGGCGCCCGUUUUUCACAAGCCGAUAUUCUCUUCUGACAUUUCGUGUCAAAUUUUUGUUCUUUUACCCCAGCAAGUUGAAGUCGACGGGCAGCAGUGUAUGCUGGAAAUAUUGGACACAGCAGGAACGGUAAGUUGGACCACUAUUUUGAGAAAGUUAGUUGGGAAAGAGUAUCAAUCCAACUUUAUGCCAUGAAUAUGUAUAUUUCUUGUCAAAUGAACAGCUUGCUGUUACAAAACUCAUAACAACUUCUCUAUUUACCCAUAGCAUUUUAUAACUUCUUCGGAGCUAUGUAAACAGGAAUAGCUUUGGUGUGCGAAAAUUUUCCUCUAAUCGCUCGGUGAUGUAUUGGUUAGGUGCAGAAGUCUGAUGUCGGCAAAACCAUAUUUUAUUUAUUUUGAGUGUGCUUGCAAAAGAGAAAUUGGAAAAAAAUUUAAAUAUCGGAACCUAGAAUGUUUGUCAAAAAUUUUCACUCUCUCUGGAUUUUCUCUUUUACUCAGAAUUUAAUCAGCCUGUCUGCCGUGCAAGAAGGUUUACGUGUUAAGUAAUUAGCCCUAAUUAAAUUGAAAAUACUUAAUCUCACCCCUCUAUUAUUUAUGGUUUGAAUAUUCUAAUUAGUUCAUCUUGCGUGUAGCCAGAUAAGCAAAUUAAAACCAAUAAUUUUACAAUCAUGUUUGUCAGAAAAAAUGAUAUUGAGCCUGCUCUUCCUUAAAAAUUUCACCCAUGACUAAGGUUAGGUUUGAUAAUGAUUUUAUGGAGAUAUAUGUGAUAAACUCCAGAAGGAGAGGCAGUAUUAUUAGCAAAUGUGUAUAUCUGGCUAUUGGGAGUUGAAGGCACUCAAAAUUUGUUAAAUAAUUGGUUUGGUUUAAGUGUUUGUCACAUGCUUGAUGGUUGAUGGCUAGUUACUCCCAUAUCCAAUCUUAAUUAAGAUUAAUGUCUAUAUAUUUGUGCACUGGCCUCUAAAUAUGAAAUCUGGUAGCUUUUCUGUCCUCAUAAAUGUUUUGGAAACAAAUUGGUGUUAUUCAUUUGUCAUAUAAUUGCAUUUGGUUGUAAAAAAUUGGUAUAUAUAACAAACCAAGAGGAAUAUGACUGUGGUAGUCUAGGAAAAAUGCUCAAAGUAAUCUUAGAUUGUAUAUUGCAUAUUUUUGUGAAAAAUUAUAUUAAUUAUAUAUCACAUUUUGGCAGCUGGUAAUAUCUUCCUGCUGGAAAGAUAUCUAACAUAAAUAGACUGCACUUGGUCUUUUCCCUUCUGUAAAUGGAGUAAAAAUAUUUUUAUACUAGUUAAAACUUAAAUGUUUCUCACAACCCAGUGUUCAGAUUCCAAUCAUACCCAUUUGUUAUCUACAAGUUCAUGUUUACUUUCAAACUGGGAAGAUGCCAACAUCAUCAAACCCUUCAUAACACAGCUUUCUCAAAUUUCCAACCCCAAGAACUGUAGUAAUUCUAUUUUCCAGAAGUUUCCUUUACGUAGGGACAAACAUUUACCUUGGUUUGAAGUAUUCACUUUGUUUAAUAGAGUACUCUUAAAGGUUUAUACAAAUAUUUGUACCUUUUUGGUAACAUUAAAUAUCUCACAAGAAUUGUAAGUACUAAAACCUCACUGGACCAUGACAGAACUUUCUAGGUAAUGGGAACAUGCCAGAACAUGCUGGAACACUGAAACAAGCCAGAACACCACAAAAUAUUGUUAAAAAUAACACAAAUGAAAAAGAAAUGGAAAGUAUGUGCAACAUGGGUGAAAUAGUUGAACAAGUUUGUGGCCAAAAUCUCUGCAUGGAGAGACAUGACAAAGCCUCUGCACUGAAAAUUGCCAACUAACCCACUUUCAUGAAACUUGAAUACAGCAAACUGAGAAAAAAGUCUGUGAUGAGGAAUAAGUGAUUAAUGAAUUUACACAUAAAUUAUAGUAUGUUGCCUAAUUUUUGCACAGCAUAGAAAACUACAGGAUAGAUUGCUACCUAACAGACCAACAAAAACAUAAAUGCUUUUUUGUAAUAUAAAAGGCAGAGACAUGACCAAAGAUUGAGGUGAUUACUGCAGAUUACAGCUGCAGAAAUAAAAAUGGUACACUUAAAAAAGACUUUUUUUCCAUGUUGGAUGAAGAACAACACAACUGCAAUGCAUCCAUGACACUAGUCUUCCAAAACAUCUAUAAUUAGGUUACUGGUCAAUGGGCACAAACUGAAUACAAUUUGAGUUUUGAUUUUUAUACAUUCUUGUGAUUAAUAUUUAUGGGGUUCUUAGUUUUAUUAUUAUUUUUUAAUAUUUUAAGUGGUGGUCUAGCAUGUUCUGGCAUGUUGCAAUGUUUCAGGUUGUUCAAGUGUUCUGGCAUGUUUAGGUUUUCUGGUGUGUUCCGGUGGUCUAGUUUUCCAUGUUUUUAGUAAAAGCUAACUAGAAUAGUUAUUGCAAACCCUCAGAAGUUACCUUAGCAGUCUUUGAAGUAAACCUUUUUAUUUGCCUUGUAAUUGAGCAUUACAAUUCUCAUCAUGUUAAUUUUGAGAAUUUCCUUUUAGAUCAACCAAUAAUCUCCUAAGUGAUAAUUUUCUUUAUUCACAUCACUCUUCUGUCACUCAUGGGAGUUAAAGUGUUAAUGCAACUCUAAUCAAGCACUGAUUCCACAGAGUUAUUGUUGUGAUUUACAGGAACAGUUUACAGCCAUGCGGGAUUUGUAUAUGAAGAAUGGUCAAGGCUUUGUUUUGGUGUACUCAAUCACAGCGCAAUCUACGUUCAAUGACCUUGGGGACUUGAGAGAUCAGAUUUUAAGAGUGAAGGACACGGAGGAUGUAAGUGAUGACUGAUAUGUAUCCCUUAGUUUGUUAGCUGGUCCAUGUUAUUAACACUUCUGUACAAGCAUGUGUUUGCCCUCUGAAAAGUAAGAGGCCAUGAGUUACACAAACCAGCAAGAAAUCUUCUUGGGGUCUGACUCUGAUAAUUAGUGCCAGACUCACGACAAACAAUGCAACCAAUCAGGACCCAGUUGUUCAAAGGCAGUUAAGUGUUAACCCAAGGUUAAAUUUUAUUCUGAGUUUCUUUAUUCCUUUAUUCAAAAGCCUUUUUGGGAUAAUUUCUUGUCUUCCUUUUAGAGCCAAAUAGUCAUAUUCUAGACAAAAAGAAUUUGACUGAAUUUUCUUUUAAAGCUAUCAAAUAGGAAAUCAGAUUUCACACUAACCCUGGGUUAUCUUAAUCCAGCUUUGAACAACCUGACCCAGAUUUCAAGACUUGUUUCAAGUAAAAAAUCAAAUUGCAGGUAAAUGAGAGACUAAGAAGCCAUUAUGUGGCAAACAAGCUAUAUUUUAAAAGAAAACAACAGCAACAAAAAAGACCGAAUUUGAAAGCUGUGUGGUGAUAUAAGGUGUAAACAGAACUAUUUACAUGUGUUAAUUUUUACAUAGGUUCCAAUGGUCCUUGUUGGUAAUAAAUGUGAUUUGGAAGAUGAAAGAGUGGUUGGGAAAGACCAAGGACAAAACUUAGCAAAAUUAUUUAAUAACUGGUGAGUGUCUAUGUAACUUAGAUCCAAUCUAUCAGAGGGUAACAACAUGUUAGUUGGGGAAGGAGUUGUCAACAGCAAAUUUUAUGCAUUUUUUCGGAAACUCACAAUGUUAUGAAAUGCAAUCAGGAUAUACAGAGCUCUUGGCAAAACAUAUCAUAGGAAACAAAAGGACAAAAAAAUGGACUAACAAAGAGAAAUAGCUAAAUAUCUCGAUAUUGAUGAGGGACAUAGGUAAACACACAAUGUCAACUUUGCUUGUUGAGCCAGGAGCUUGGAGAAUGGGCUAGAGACCUUAAGGAAUGGAAUAAGGGAUAUGGGUUGUAAUGAAAUGAAAAAUCACAAACAAGUGCUCUGAAAAAUUUGUGUUGCUAUCAAACUCCCCUUGCAUGAUAUUUGCAGAAGUUUCCUUCCCACCCUCCUCUCAAGAAUAGCAUUCACUGCCAUGUAGGUUUUACUUUUAACCCUUUAACUCUCAAGAUAUGACUGUUAAUUCUGCUCUCUAGCUGCUUAACAUUUCCUUGUAAAUUAGUGAUAAGAACUUAGUGCUAGAUCAAGAUAACAGCUUCUACCUGAUAAGUUUCAAUAUCCUUGUUGCCUGUUUGCUGGUUAAUGUAUAUAUAUUAGUGGAGAAGUUUCACAUUAAUCUCUUCUGGGAGUUAAGGGUUAAGUUCUCAGUGUUACAGCCAUUUUGACUUUCUCAUCCCAUUUACUAUUUUCAGCGCCUUCCUUGAAACAUCUGCAAAAUCAAAGAUCAAUGUGAAUGAAAUAUUUUACGACCUAGUCAGACAGAUAAACAGAAAAACACCAGAAACUAAGAAGAAGAAGAAGAAGAAGGGUUGUGUGCUGUUGUGAUGAUUCCAUUUGAACAUUUUUCAGUAGAAAAACUGGAGAUCUGCUUCAGAUGUUUGUGACUGAAUGGCUUAUGAUUCAGGCUGAACAUCCAAAAUUGUUUGUAAAUUAUUUUGUGAACGCUGCUGGCAGAAGAUGGGAAAGGAGAGAUCAGACAGUAAACUAAAGUUAUCAUAACAGACUUGUGGUUGUUUUACAUACAAAUUGUAGGACACCUUGGGAAAUAUUUUUAAAAUACAGUAAAAACAUAAUUUUUUUAUGUUGAACAUGUACAGUACUUACUGUAAAAUCUCUGCUUGAAUUAUGUGAGUGCUAGAUAGUAGACAUAGUCUUGGGGAAUAAGAGAGAGAUUGGGAAGGAAGUUCUCUAAGUUGUAAGCUUUUUAUUUACAGUGUUUUGUGUGGUUUUCCGACGUUGUAAAAUUCAUGCGUUUUUAUGCAAUUUAUUUCUUUUAUCUUUUUUCUUGUUUAAGUGACUACUGAAAUAAACUUUUUAUAUGUUAAGAAUUGCUCUUAGACGUUGAUCUCUACAAUUCGUAGAUCAGUAUUCUAUCAUGACUUCAUGGAGAACACAAUUCCUUAACUGUCUUGUGAUCAUUGCCUUCGUGUGUUGUAUGAUAAUUAUACAAUGAUAAAAUUACUACAAAUCGUGAGUGGAAUCCAGAAAUCUUUGAAUUCAUGAUAGAGUGCAAAUUAUCCAGACAGUCAGCAUUUUUAUUUGUUACGUUUUGGUUCAUUGUUAUUUGUAUUUGAAUCAAGCCAUCAUUUCCAUGCGCAUUUUGACAUGGCAAAUGAUUUGCUUGAGAUAUUACUUGAACUGAAGAGAAUUAAGUAUGGAUCACGAAAGUCCCACUACGGCCAAAAACUAUUGCAACAAAGGUUUAUAAAAGCCAAUUUUAUUUGGAUUGUUUUCAUCAAUUUAUUCCUAUAUCUCAGAUGAUAAUAAAACGUAGUGUGAAAGAAUCU